AUGGAUGUCUUCAGCUGCAUCUGUUCCUUCCAUAAACCCAGCAGUAGCCUCAAGAGGAACUCAGGUGACAUUGGGUGGGACUAUGGAGUCCUGGUGGACCCUAACAACCUGAAUGUGAUCAAGUGCAAGUUCUGUGAUCUUGUUGUGAGGGCGGGGAUAUAUAGGUUGAAGCAACAUGUCGGUGGGAUUCGUGGUGAGGUUAGACCUUGCCUCAAGGCAUCGCCUGAGGCCAUAGACAAGUGCAAGAAAGCUGUUGAUGACUCGAAACAAGCUAAGAAGGCAAGGCAGGAGGAGAAGCAAGAUGUCAGGGAUGUUGUGAUCCUUGAUGAUGGUCCAGAUGUUGAAGAUACCACCAUCAAUGGAGAAGGGCUUGAUGAUGUUGGAGACUCGACACAACGCAAGUUGGGGCCUAUGGAUAAGUUUACAUUGCCUAUGGAUUCUAGCUCAUUGAGCAACACAAAACUGGUGAGGCAACAAAGAAUCACUGAAGCAUUAUGGAAAGAGAGAAUGCAUGCCUUGAAGAGAUAUAUUGCAAGAUGGGUGUAUGUGCAUGGAAUACCUUUCCAUGCCAUCAACAAUGAAGAGUUUGACCAAUUGCUAGAAGCUGCUGGACGCUUUGGCCCUGGUGGACAGAAACCAAAUCAGCAUGAGCUGCGGGAGAAAUUAUUGUAUGAGGAAGUGGAGGACACAAAGAAAUUGCUGAAGCUACAAGAGCAAGAAUGGGCCAAAAAUGGGUGCUCCAUUAUGACUGAUGCAUGGACAGAUCAGAAGAGGAGAAGCAUAAUGAAUAUGUGUGUCAAUUGCAGCAUUGGUACAACUUUUUUGGAAUCAAAGGAGGCCUCAGCUGAGUCCCGUACUGGAGAAUUCAUCUUUCAGUAUGUGGACAGUUGUAUUGAGAAAAUAGGUGCUGAAAAGGUGGUGCAAGUAGUCACAGAUAAUGCCUCCAACAACAUGGCAGCGAAAGCCCUAUUGUCUGUGAAGAGGCCCAAUAUAUUUUGGAGCUCAUGUGCAACACAUACUCUCAAUUUGAUGCUUGAAGGCAUUGGGAAACUAAAAAGAUUCAAGACCAUCAUUGAUCAAGCAAAGGCACUGACCAUCUUUAUCUAUGCACACCAUAAAACAUUGGCUUUGAUGAGGAAAUUCACAAAAAAGAGAGACAUCAUUAGGCCUGGUGUGACCAGAUUUGCUUCCUCUUUUCUCACCUUACAAAGCUUGUAUGAGAAGAAGAAUGAGCUAAGGGCAAUGUCUCAAAGUGAGGAAUGGGAGACAAUCAGUCAUGUCAAGAAGACCCCAAAAGUAUUUGAGCCAUUGGUCAAAGUACUUCGCAUGGUUGAUGGGGAUGUGAAGCCAUCAAUGGCUUUUCUUUAUGGAGACAUUCUUAAGGCUAAGAAAGAGAUCAUGGUGGGCUUAGGGAAUAUUGACAAGGCUGGGACUCUCAAUCUAUACAACAAUAUCAUAGAAAUCAUUGAUGAGAAGAUGAAGGGCAGAUUGGAUAGUCCUUUGCACUUAGUUGCAUACUUCUUGAAUCCCUAUUAUAGCUACAAUGAUUCUUCCAUCUUUGGAGAAGAGGAAGUCAUGGAUGGGUUCUUUACAGCUGUUGAAACUUUUUAUCAUGGUGAUUAUGACAAGCAAAAUCAAGUCCUCAAUGAAGAUCUGCACAAGUUCAAAUAUCAAACCGGCCACUUUGCAAAACCUGCAGCAAUGGCUGGCUGUAAGGAUUAUAAUUUCUUCCCAGUUCCUCAGACUGUGAAAGAAAAUUGGAGUUGCUUUGAUGGGGUUCAUACCAAGAAGAGAAACAGGCUCACUUGUGAGAGAGUUGAGCAACUUGUCUAUGUUCGCUUCAAUAACCUUCAUUCAAAGAAAAAGGCAAAGGCAAAAAAGAACAAUAAAGUAGAUCCUCUAGUAGCAGCAAAUGCAACUUGUGCCCAAGGGUGGAUGGUUGAUGGUGGAGAUGAUGACAACUCUGAUGUUGAUGCUGUUACAGGGCUAACAUGGCAGCAAAUUGUAGAUACAUGUGGGACUGAGGAGGUAACAAAACUACGUAGGAGCGCAAGGUUGGCUCACCCGAGACAGAUUGAAGAGGAUGUCCAAUCUGAACCUGAAGAGCUACCAAAUGAGGAGGAAGAAAUCGAGUUUGAGUCUGAUCAAGAAGAAGUGGUCACAACUGGUUAUGAGCAAGAUCAUGACACCGCAAAUGAUGAUUGA